AGGCCGUCUGUCUUCCUCUAGCAGUGUGGUGGUUUUCUGUGGUGAUUUCUGUCUGCUUUCAGUUUGUUGUGGAAAUGUGAGUCUGGUUGGAGCUCCCUGUGCAUGGUAGCAGAGAUAGGAAAUGGUAUGGCUGAUCUUUUAGCGGCACAUUUCAACAGUGGUCUAGUGGCGGCAAAGCUUGGCGGUGGUGGUGAGCGACCGGUGUGUGGCAACCCUGGCACAGGAACGCUGUGGCGAGAUCUGGGCUUUGUUGCCCAGAGAUAUGUAGUGAAGGAUGAAUUUCAUCCCUUCAUUGAGGCCCUCCUCCCCCAUGUCCGUGCCUUCUCCUACACCUGGUUCAACCUGCAGGCCCGUAAGCGCAAGUACUUCAAGAAGCACGAAAAGAGGAUGACCAAGGACGAGGAGCGCGCGGUGAAGGACGAGCUGCUGGGGGAGAAGCCAGAGAUCAAGCAGAAGUGGGCCUCGCGCCUGCUGGCCAAGCUCCGCAAGGACAUCCGGCCCGAGUUCCGCGAGGACUUUGUGCUCACCAUCACGGGGAAGAAGCCCCCCUGCUGCGUGCUGUCCAACCCCGACCAGAAGGGCAAGAUCCGCCGCAUCGACUGCCUCCGCCAGGCCGACAAGGUGUGGAGACUGGACCUGGUGAUGGUCAUCCUGUUUAAGGGCAGCCCCCUGGAGAGCACGGACGGAGAGCGGCUGGUCAAGUCGCCUCAGUGCUCCAACCACGGCCUGUGCGUCCAGCCGCACCACAUCGGGGUGACGGUCAAGGAGCUGGAUCUCUACCUGGCCUACUUCGUCCACACACCAGAACAAUCAGGACAAUCAGACAACUCAAACCAGCAAGGAGACACAGACGUCAAGCCCCCACCAAAUGGCCACUUGAGUUUCCAGGACUGCUUUGUGACUUCAGGCGUGUGGAACGUAGCCGAGCUGGUCCGCGUGUCACAGACCCCGGUGGCGACAGCGACGGGCCCCAACUUCUCUCUGGCCGACCUGGACAGCCCAGGCUACUACAACAUCAACCAGGUGACCCUGGGACGCCGCUCCAUCACCUCCACCCCCUCCACCAGCUCCAACAAGCGCAAGUCCAUUGACGACAGCGAGAUGGAGAGCCCGGUGGAUGAUGUCUUCUACUCGGGCCGUUCCCCAGCGGCCGGCAGCAGCUCUCAGUCCAGCGGGUGGCCUAAUGAUGUGGAUGCAGGACUCUCAUCGCCUGGUUCUCUUAAGAAGCCGGGGAAAUUCGAUUUCAGCGCCCUGUCCUCCCAGACGAGGUCCCCCCGCAUGGCGUUCACCCACCACCCACUGCCAAUGCUGGCGGGAGUGAGACCAGGGAGUCCCCGUGCUUCAGCCUCGGCCCUGCACUUCCCGUCUCCCUCCAUCAUCCAGCAGUCUAGCCCCUACUUCACCCACCCAACCAUCCGCUACCACCACCACCCUGGACAGGACCCCCUGAAGGAAUUUGUGCAGUUUGUCUGUGCUGAUGGCUCAGGGCAGGCCGCCGGACAGCCAAACGGGAGCGGCCAGAGCAAAAUGCCAGGCUCCUUCUUGCUGCCUCCACCUCCCCCAGUGGCCCGCCCAGUGCCCCUCCCCAUGCCCGACUCUAAACCCAACAGCACGCCCCCUGACGGCGGACUCUCCUCGCCCGCAUCUCCGUCAUACUCCACGCCAGGCGCCACAGCUCCCAACAGGUUUGUCGGCAUCGGAUCACGGGACAACAACUUUCUGAACAUCCCGCAGCAGACACAGUCUUGGUUCCUCUGACAAGAUCUGUGCACAAACCAGCAACUAGAAUUCUUUCUUUACAAUCGGAAAUAGAAAAAGAAAAAAACAGAAAAAAAAAAAACAGAGAAACAACCCGCAGGAUGAUAAUUGUCCUCCAACCAACCCACCGACCGACCGACCGGCCCUGAUACGAAAUAUAACCAAGCAACGCAGGAAAUUACAGCAGCAUGACGCUUUUAGUGGAACUCUGGACUUAUUUACGCAGUCAGAGAGAGAGGACCCGUUUCGAGCAAAGAUGGAUAGAUGGAAAGAUAAAUGGAUGGACAAGAGGAUGCCGGGAUGAAAGAGGGAGUGAGGGGACAGCGGCGGCAAGCAGGCAUCUCUCCUCAAACCACCGAACCAGCACAGCACAGACCAGCAGCAACGCAGGAGGAACCUGAGGAUGAAAAAAGCGGUCAGCUUCUCCUACUUCGCAAGGACGUAUUGUGUAACGAAUGGCUAAGAAAAAAAAUCAACUGUCCAGCAGAUACAGAUUCAAGCUACAAAAAGCUUCGCCCACAAUGAAUCCACAGCCUGAUCAAACUAUUAGGUUUCCAGUGAAAGCUGCAGUCCAUGCUCCUGUGAUGUCUGUCAUCACCCAAAAUCAAAUUGACCAACGCUUCUGUCCCUCUGAAUGACCAUUGACUCUAUAAAGCCCCCUUUCACCCUACUACUAACUAGAGAGACCAUGCCAAAACAUAUCUUGAUUAAGGGUUGCACUACAAGCUGAAUCAAUUAACACUAAUCUUAACGAUGUGCACUAUUUACCUACAAGGCAUGGGAGGUAAACCAGACUUGCCUACUCAAAGUUUUAAAGAGGAAAUAAACCAAGGUACAAGAAGCCUUCACGUGUCCUCAACCCCCCUCCCCAUCGCUCAGUUCGACAAAUCAUUGGCCUCCGCUCAUUCUCACGUCUCCCCGCACAUUCACACAGUCUGUGCCAUGAACACAGCACAAAAACACACACAAACACACACACACACAUUUGCCCAGUCUCACCAUUUAGAUUGUAGUAUUUAUAGGUGGUGGUGUUGUGUUAUUAUAUUUUCAUUUUAUACACAGUAAGCCCAAGAUGAAUGAUUUUAUUAUCUCUUGUGUGUUCUCUUAUUUGAAUUUAUUCCUUUUGGAUUUGUACUAUUUUAUAAUUGUUUUGUAUUUGAAUGACAGCACCUUAAAGAGAAACACAGUAAGAAGCGGUAUGUUGAAGCGGUGUGGAUGGUGCGGUUAGCUAACCCAGAUCGAGUAGUUUUCGCAAAAAAAAAAAAUAACUCAAAAGAAGGUAGACGUUUUGGGAAAUAAACCUUUCUUUUUUUUUCUUUUUGUUUUUUUUAGUCGAGGAGACUGAUACCAUUGGCUUGCCAGUACAGUAAAUGGGUGGCUACUACUAGCAGCUGCUUAGCUUAGCAUAGCAUAAAGGCUGGAAAUGGGAGAAACAGCUAGCCUGGAUCUGUAACUAAAUCGACACGCUAGCAACUCCAAAGCGUGUGGUGACAACGGUGCCUUCAAAAUG